AUGAAGAUGCUCAAGCUCAUCGCGCGGGAAGAGCGCCUUCGAAAGAUUCCGAUAGUCAUGAUGUCGGCGCGCGACGAGAUGGCCAUUGUCGUGCGCUGCCUGCGGCUCGGCGCGGCGGAUUUCCUCGUGAAGCCGCUGCGGACCAACGAGCUGCUCAACCUCUGGACGCACAUGUGGCGCCGCCGCCGAUCCUUCGGUCUGACGGAGCGGCCGCAGAACCUGGUGCCUGUAAGCAUGAACGACCUGCCACACGACUUCGUGUUCAUCGAUACCAGCGAGUCCAACACCGGCACUGGCAGCACGGACCUAGACGCACAGGCGACGCAGGAGGGUCGUAUUGCGCUCAGAGAACAAGUGGCGCGCGCACAGACGGGACCAGAAGAGGGGAGAAAAGGAGGUGCUGGGGGAGGUGGAGGAAGGACGAAGGCGAAGGGCGGGAAAGAGAAGGGUGAGGAGGUGCGGAGAGAGGGGAGGAUUGGAGGCGAAGGGGAGAGAGUUGGGGAAGGGAAUAAGGCGGUGAGAGAAGCAUGCGAGGCGGUUGCCUCAAGGCGCUUGCAGGUGGAUGAUGCGGUUGGGAGCGGUGGAGUGAAGCAGGCAGGCGACAGUGGGCGAGAGGAGGAUGAGAAUGCGAAGGGGGUGUCACACGAGGCGCAGCAGGUGGGGAAAGACGAAGAGAACGGGAGGCGGAUGGGAGGAGGACAUGCAAUGGGUAACGAGAACGAUUGCGCUGCUGCUGCGGGAGCUGCUAGUGGCGAUUGCGAAAUGGAGGGAAGAAAGGACGAACAGAAUGAGGGGAUACAAGCCUGUGAAGCGGAUGCAAGGGGUCGCCAGCCGUCACCGCACCUCGAGCUCUCUCUCAUGCCGCCUCUCACUCGCCGACUGCUCCCUCCGCCCUUCCUCCCUCCUCCUCCUCCUCCCACACCUCCUGCAAUCAACACCUCAGCAGCACUCGCCGUCUCCACUCCUUUCACCGCAUCCCUGCUUGCCUGCUCUCCCUUCACCGGCGCUCCACUGCUCGCUUCUGCAGCCCCAGUCAAUGCCUCGCUAGGCCCAUCCGCACCUUCUCUCAACGCCUCGUUGCUCGCUUGCUCCAUAAAUCUCAGCACGCUCACUCCUACCACAGCGCUAUCAGGUGUGUCUGCGGCUAUUCGGGAACUGCCAGCAGCACGCCUUGCUCUCUCUGCCUCCGCCACCCCCAUGCAUCUCACCCCACAUGACAAGGGCUCCACUCAAGACAUGCCCUUGCCGCAUCUCACCGCGCCGCCCCUGCCCUGUACUCCCAAUGGCCCUGCGCUGCCUUGGCUUCUUGGCUCGAUUCCAGGACCCAGUGGUUCUAAAACACCGAUGCUUCCGCCCGCGUUUCUUGCCCCACUGCCUGCCACUGUUGCUGGUGCUGGUGCUGCUGCUGCCGGUGCUGCUGCUGCCGGUGCUGCUGCUGCAUCUCCUGCUACUGGUGCGUGCGUUGUUGCCCCUGCCACUGGCUCUGCUGCUGGCACUUUGGCGGGUAGCGCCGCUAGUGCUGGUGCACACGCUCUUGCUCGAGCUGACCCCAGAGUUGGUGGUGCCGUGGCGACCAAGGUGUGUGGUGAUUCUGCUGUGGGUUCUGCCACUGGUGGUGCUGGCCCUGGUGCUGGUGCUGCUGGUUCUGCUGGCUAUGCUGGUGGCUCAAAUGCUGCUGAUGCUGAUGCUGAUGCUGUUGCUGAUGCUGUUGCUGCUUCUGAGGCUGCAACGGCUGCUGGCACACGUGCGGCUCUCUUCAAGCAAGGGUUCUUCAGCGCCCUCCUCGCCGCACCAGAUGCUCCUCUGCAGAGCGCUGCGAACUGCAGGAACGAUGAUUGUGGUGCUGGGCGAGGCGGUGGAGGAAGUGGAGGAGAAGAGAGGGCAGAUGGGGCAGUCGAGGAUGCAGAGGCGGAAGGAGAGGGGGAGACAGACAGGGAAGGCGAGGAGGGCCCAGGAGCAGCACCGUCGCUUGCUGGGCCUGGGGUCCUUCACCCUGCCACACAGCCAGGGCACCUUGCUGACAUGGCAACGGGUGUAUCCUUGCUGGGAGCGGGUGCGGGAGGGGAUGGUGGAGCGGCGGGUUACCACUGGCCGGGGCAGGGGGGAGGAUUGCAUUUCUCUGCGGCAUCAAUGGCUGUGGCAGCAGCGGCUGCUGCUGCAACAGCUGCAUCAGGAGGUGGUGUGGGAGGGUGUGGAGUAGGAGAACCGGGUGGGGGAAGUGUUGGUCCAGGGGGAGGGGUGGUGCAGAUGGAGAGGAGGGUUGAGAUGUAUGAUAGGAGGGAGGCCGCGCUGAGCAAGUUCAGGCAAAAGCGCAAGGAUAGGUGCUUUGAAAAGAAAAUUAGGUAUGUGAGCCGCAAGCGGCUAGCUGAAAUGAGGCCGAGAGUUAAAGGGCAGUUUGUGAGGCAAACUGGUGGUGGGGCAGCGCUGCUCUCGCUUCUUGCCAUGGCUCUCUCACUUACGGAUGUUCCCUUCGCCUCUCGCGCGACAGGAGCCGCCAUUCCGGAUUCAGUAACACUCGGCCACGCGUCUCGCGUCGACAUUCGCCUCGAUGCCGCGUCGCUCUGUCUCACCCCGGCCGCGAGACGCCUUCGCUGCUCCCGGCUCUCCGCCGGUCAGGCCGCGCUUCGUUGUAAGCCUCUCCGUCAGGGGAGCGGAAGCGGUGUUCGCGCGGAGACCGCUUCUGUCAAUUCCGCCACUGCUGCUCACUCCGUCGAUAGUUCCCUAUCAACGUCCGAGAUUCAGUUUCCGUUACCGCCUACCGUGUCACCAUCCGCAGCUGAAAGCGGGAGCAAACAAAGUGCGAGGAAGAACAGGCGCAAGGGUAGAAAAACAAUCGUUGACGAGGGUCUUCGGAUUGAGCAUGGCAGCAGCAGCGAACCGUCGGAUGCGGCGUUCAUCGCGGCUCUCACGUCCCUAGCAGCUACUCCAGAGGACGCGCGGGAGGAACACGAGCAGGGGAAUAAUGCGCAUACCAGCAGCUCCGAUGCGAAUCUAGCCGCUCUUCUCGGAAAUGAUUCAGCGUGGAAAACCGGGCUCACUGGGGACCAUCUGUCCCCCGAAUCUGGUUCGUUGUCGCGGCUCGUCGCCCCUUCAAGUGACUCUGGUUCGGCAGGUGGAACCAACGUGGCUGGCACGGGGAAGGCGCCGCAGAACGCGGGUGAUCCGUACGGGAAGAGAGUGCUCGGGCGAGCCGUGGUGCAGUGGAUGGCGCGCGGGAUUGCGCGGCUGGCGCAGGACGUGGCGGAGCGGGAGGCGCGCGGAGAGGAAGGGUUGGAGGGGGUGGCUGCUGGCGGAAGCAUGGCACUGCUGGCGCUGGCGCAGGAUUACCUGCAGAGGGAGCCAAUGCCAGAUGGCGAGCAGCAGCGGUGCCACGUGGCAAUGAAUCAUUACCCCACGGUGUUGGACCAUCUUCAGCGGGAGCUUCAGGCGGAGCUCAAGAGACGACGUGCACAGCAGGCCGCUACGGAGGAGCAGCAGGGCAAGGCUGCUGUGAAAGCAUGGAACGAGAGUGCUUCGUGGGACCUUCUGAAGCAGCUCAUGCGAUCUGGCGAACACAGGGCUACUAUCCGCCAGCCAAUCAGCACUCUCGCUGGUUCAGCUACUGCCUCCCAGACGCGCCAGACAAACGUUGCCGCCCUCCUCUCCCCGUCCGCACUGCAAGCCGCCCAGCAGCGAAUCAACGCCUACGUGGCAACGGCCACGGACCUCCUACAAUUGGAGCGAGACGCUGAGCUGGACGCAGUCGCCGCUGAGAUCAGCAGCACCCAGCCAACAACCCCCUCCGAUCGCCCUGAGCCUGAAACGCUGAGCGAGAGUGCAAGAGAGAGGAGGAGGCGGAAAGAGCGAGGAGAGGUGGAGAGAGGGCUAGCGAGAGAGGGAGGCACCCUGACGGACUUGGUUGCUGUGGGCACGUCUACUGGGCUGGCCGGCGUGCAUCUCAUCACCCUCGCUUCCCCCAGUGCGGGUCUCCUGUCCGCCUCCACUCUCUCCCCCGGUGACGCCAUCUGCCUCUCUCCUGAUUGGUCCAAGUGCAGCCGCAUUGGCAGUGGUAGCAAGGCUGAUGCGCGAGUUGGUGCAGGAGCCGCGGCUGCUGCAGCUGCAGGGGCUGCUGCUGUGUGCUACAGAGGGUAUGUGCACGAGUUGGGGGAGGAUGGGCAGAGCCUCGUGGUUGCACUGGACGGGAAGCUUGGCUUGGGCAGCAGCAGCAGCAUACGCAGUGGAGGGAGCACUAGUGGGUCGGAGAGUGACGGGGAGGGCGGCAGCGGCAGCAGCAGUGGGCGAGGGGCAUCGUCGCCGCUGUAUCUUCAGGAGCUGUUUGGCGUGGCGCUGAGAGUGCAGCGCGUGUCAGGCCUCGUGGACUUCACAACAUUCGAGCGCAAUCGCGAGGCACUGGAGCGACUCAAAACGUCCGCGCUCAAGCCCAAGAGCCCUGCUCGCGCCGUGGCUGCUGCCCUCUUCGCUCCCCCCCGUGCUGCUGCCGCGGUAGCAACUACACCACCAGCAUCAGCUGGAGCGCCUGAAAUUUCAGCAGACAGCACGCCACUAUCACCAUCACCCGCCCCCCUGUCCACCUCCCCCUCCUCCCCCCCGUCCUCCUCACCGGCCUCCUCCCCAUCCGCCUCUUCCUCCCGUCUUCCGCCCUCCGCCCUCUCCUUCGACGCAAGUCAGCUGGCGGCCAUUCGUCUCGCUCUGGACCCUGCCCGCCCCGUGGUGGCCAUUCAGGGCCCCCCCGGCACGGGCAAGACGUCUGUGGUCACAGAGAUCAUCAGCAGGGCAGUCAGAGAGGGGCGCAGCAGAGAGAGCACAGAAGAAGCGGAGAAGGAACAGAAGGACGUGCAGGGGAGCGACGAGGAGGAGGUGCUGGAAGGCGGUGGGGGAGUGGAUAUUGUAAAGGAAGCACGGGAGGGUAUGAGGGCGAGGAAGCAGCAGCAAACAAGGAAGCACCGGGUGCUGGUAUCCGCACCGACCAACGCAGCAGUCGAUGUGCUCGUAGAGCGACUAGCCUCCCAGGGCCUGAGGGUUGCUCGGGUUGGCAACCCCAUGCGCCUGUCCCCCGCCGUCACGCCCUAUUCCCUCGACCACCUCGUGGCCGCCCGCCUGCGCUCCUUCCACCGCGACGUCGCCCGGCGCCGCCGCGACCUGCGCUCCGACCUCCGCGCCGUCGGCUCCGACCCCUCGCUGCGCUCCGCGAUCCAGAAGAUGCUGCGGCGCCUGGCGCGCGUGGAGAAGCAGCGCGAGAAGGAGGAAAUCGCUCAAGUUCUGGCUGAAGCCGAAGUGAUUCUGUGCACCACCACGGGGGCCGGGGAGAGGGUGGUGCAGGAGAUGGCGCGGCAGGAGGGCGGGUUUGACCUGGUGGUGCUGGAUGAGGCAGGGCAGGCCACUGAACCGUCUAGCUGGAUACCUUUACUUCUUGGGCGACGGGCGGUGGUAGCAGGGGAUCCGUGGCAGCUGGCGCCUACAGUGCAGUCUGUGGACGCACAGCAGCGGGGGCUGGGGGUUUCACUCAUGGAGAGGAUUCAGGAGGAGGGGUUGCUGGGGAGUGGAGGGGGAGACGGGGCGGUGGAGAGUGGUGGGGAAAGGUGGGGAGGUAGUGUUGCAAUGCUGCGAGUGCAGUACCGCAUGAACCGCGCCAUCUCGGAUUGGAGCUCUGAGGAGAUGUACCAUGGGCAGCUCAUGGCCUCCCCUGCUGUCGCCUCCCGCACCCUGGCUGACAUCACACUGCCUCCUCCUCCUCCUGCCUCCCACUUCUCCUCUUCAUCAUCCUGUUCCCUCCCUCCUCUCCUGGCGCAUCCCAUGCUGCUGAUCGACACACGCUCCCCCCGCGGUCUGCUGCAUGCGCACUGUGAGGAGGCUCCUGAUGCAGCGGGCACGGGGUCGCUGGUCAACGAGGGUGAGGCUGACCUCGUUGUGGAUCACGUCGCUCGUCUGCUUGCGGCCGGCGUGCCGCCCGGGUCCAUCGCGGUGCAGUCGCCGUACCUCGCCCAGGUGCAGCUCAUCCGCCAGCGCCUCGAGGAGCGCCUGGGCGGCGUUGUUUGGCCGUAUGCUGCAUUGGAGGAGGCUGGGGAGGGAGAGGAAGGGGGAGGAGGAGAGUGGGACGUGGGGGCGGUGGAGUUGGCGAGUGUGGAUAGCUUUCAGGGGAGGGAGGCGGAUGCUGUCAUCAUCUCCAUGGUUCGGUCCAAUCCAUAUGGGUCAGUUGGGUUCCUUGGGGACCGUCGGAGGAUGAAUGUAGCUGUGACACGUGGCAGACGCCAUGUGGCAGUCGUUGCUGACUCAGCAACAGUGGGUCACAAUUCUUUCCUCCGCCGCCUACUCCUCCACAUCCGCUCGGUUGGAAGGGUUGUCGGUGCCCACGAGCUGGAUCUUGUUAAUUCAGCGUCUGCCACACCAGCUGUGCCUGCCACAUCAGCGCCAUCGUCCUCGUCAGCAGGGGUUGUCUAUGUCCCACGUACAUUUCCCCCACCAUCUUUAGCAGCAUCGUUCGAACCAGUGUACACAUCUGGACGUGCUAUGAGCCACUCCCUCUCAGCCGUGGCGGUUGCAGCAUCGCCUACUGGAACGACAGAUGGGUACAGCGGGGCUAUGUCUACGAGGCUCGAUCUCCCGACGCUGCAUUGUCGCAGCAGCAGCAGCAUCGACGAGCCCCCACAACGCCCGUGGGUCGAGGUUCUGGCGGGAAGGAAGAUUCGCCGCGUUAUGGACGACCCCGUUAAGCUCGAAGCGUUCCUGUCCGGCGAGUUCGACCAGCUUGACGUGCACGCACGUGGCAGGCUCUCAUUGGCUGAGUUCAAGCCGGCGCUGCUGCGCUUGGCGGAAAUCCAGGGGCUCAUUCUCCGCCCCUUCUGGGACAGCCGCAUGGGGGGACGCGGAGGGGGAAGCAGCGGACGGGGCGCAGGCGGAGGGGAGAGGCGGAGAGGCGGAAGCCGAGGGGGAAGCGGAGGAAGCGGAAGCUGGGGUAGCAGCGGCGAUUGCGGUGGAGGAAGAGGCGGGGCGGGAGGUGGAGGGGGGGAGGUGUUACCUGGCAAGGGGAAGAACGAUGAUGAUUUGGUCAAGGGGCUUUUUGUCUCUUUCAUGUCUGCUGACCUCAGCAGCGAGAUUGGGCGGCACAAGUUUGUCAGUGUCUGCAGAGAUGUGAUUCUUGCAUCCCAAGAUUCUGUUGAAGAGGACCCGCUGCCGCGGCUACUGGAGGGCAGCACCCCGCUGAGAGAGCUGUUUGCCGAUGCGGACGAAGUAGAUGAGUUCAUUGACGAGCUGUGGACGCGCAUGGAUCUGGACGGCGAUGGCACCGUGACCAUGCACGAGAUUCGCCCCAUGCUGCCCGCCCUCGGGCUCUUCCCCCAGCCGCUUCCCAUCUCCACCGAGCAGGAGGAUGAGAUCUUGACAGAGUUGCUGCAGACAUAUGCUGGAUGGGGAGGGGCAGAGGGGGAGGGCGGGGCGGAGGGGGAGAAUUCGGGAGAGGAAGGCGGAGUGCAGGAGGGGGAGAGAGAGUCGGCAGGGGAGUGGUCAGAAGCGCCGGACUGGAACGGCAGUGGGAGCAGCACAGGUGAUGGGACGGGGCAGGGCAGCAGCAGGGGCGACAUCACCAGCAGCGGAGGCUUAGAGGGCAGCAGCAGCAGCGGUGGUGGUGGUGGAGGGGGAGGAGGAGCAGUGGAUUUCAGCCAGGGGCUGUCGAAGGUGCAGUUCAUGUGGCUGGUGGCGGAUAUUCUCUACACCGUCGCCCAGGGGCUGGAGGACGACCCACUCUACCUGCCCGCCAACAUGACCAUCCUCAACCGCCCCUUCCUGCUCAAGAUUCUCUCAGACGAGGCCUUUUUCCACCGCCUCACAGACCGCAUGUUCCUCACAUGGGACUCCACCGAUCGCGGCAUGCUCUCGCGCGCCGAGGUCGUGGCCGGCUUCUACUCCCUGGGUGUCGCCUACGGGCUCCCCGCAGUCACCUCCCGUGAGGAGGCCGACAGCAUCUACCUCUCGCUCUUCCUCACGGCCGACUGCGACACGAGUGGGUUUGUGGACCGGGAGGAGUUUCGCUCCCUCAUGCACUCCAUCUUUCUAGGCGCUGCGCUGCAGCUGCAGGCCACGCGGUUACCGCCGCAGCCGCUGCCGUCGCCGCUGGCGCCAGUGGAGGGUGGUCCUGCAGGGACCUCCUCCUUGCUCUCUUCCUUGUCUUUCUUUCGCCCGUUCUCCUUGUCCCUCCGCUCCAUCCCGUUCUCCGCUGCCCUUCCCUGGGGUAACUGUGCUGGUAGCAGCACCACGGCUUUUCACAGCAGCAGCGGCAGCAGCGGUGGCAGAGGGACGGGUGUUGACCCUGAUGCUGCUGCUGCUACAGUGGCUGAUUUGCCGACUCUGACUGGCUUCAAGCUCUUUGACGGGCGGCGCGUGCGCAAGAUGGUGCGGGCGGACGGCGGGGCUUGUCUGGACGUGUGGCUGAAUAGUGCCUUCGAGGAACUCGUUAGAAGCACAUCGGAUAGGGGAGACGGAGCAGGAGGGGAAUGGAAGCACAUAAGAGUGUCGGGUUCGAGGAGUGGAGAGGCGGAGGGAAUUGAUAUGGAGGGUCUCGCACUGUACAGUCCUGGUGGGGAAGGUGGGAGAGGGGAAGCGGGGAGGGAGGAAGGGUUGUGUGAGGGGCAUCGCAAUGGGGGUGGCAAGAAGGUGACAUGGGGCGAUGCAUUCGGAAAUGGUUUGGAAGCUUUUGCAGAUAAGGACGAGGUCGACCGCCCGACAGACAGGCCCGUGGUGACGUGGGCGGCGUUGGAGCGGAAGCUAGUGCAGCAGCUGCACACGCUGGGGAUGCCUGGGGAGGGCGUAUCUGAGGACUGGGAGCGGAUAGUGCGUGAUAUGGUUGCGAGGGAGAGACGGGGGAGUGGUGGGGUGAAGGGAGGAAGAGAUGGGGAGGCGGAAGGAGAGGAGAAGGGCGGGGAUGAGGGGGAGGGGGAAGAGGAGGAGGAGAGGGGGAGGGAGAAGGCAUGGCUGGAUAGGGGGGAGUUUGUUGCGGUGAUGACAAGACUGUUGAAGCAAGUCGGACAGACUCUGCAAGACACCCCUCUGCUCCUGCGCUCACUGGAUGGCACGCUCAUAAGGGCGUUCCUGCAGCACCCUGCUCGCCUCACUGCCGCCAUCCACAGCACCUUCCAGGCACUAGACAACAAGAGCUGGGGCGGCAUGCCUGCCGCCCGCCUCGUGCCUGCGAUGCGUCGGCGUCGAUGCGCUGCAAGGAUGUGGAGGGAGCUGCAAGCGGCACAGCGACUGCAGCGGGCGACUGGCGUGCAUGAGCGGCAAGUGCGGCGACGACCCCGCCGUGGGAACUCACAUAUGCAAGUCACAAGGCGGGAGAACGUGCAAGCCAUCGGUCCGACUGCUGCAAGCCACUGGCCUUAUACCACAAGUACACGUGCUCACCACCUGUCAGCAAUGCCACGUCAGCAAUCCUCACUCUCAACGGAUUUGGAGCUGGCCAAGACGGAGGAGGCGCAUCAUCCUGUGACGGACGAUUCCACAGCAACACCGAGAGGGUAG